UUUUUGACUUUUAGAAUGAAGAGUGUUGAACCAUAGUGUUGCUAAGGGUGGUGGUAAUGACCAGGGAAAGUUAAAAAGUUGACAAGACAAUGGAUAUGAAGUAGUUUCAAUUUCAGCUUAAACAAAGUGACUCAUAGAAGGGAUUAUAUAAAUGAGAACAUUUUCGUGCUAGUCGUAUCAGCAAGCCAGCACAGGACAGACACUCAACGACAGGAGUACUACAACUACUACUGGAAGACAUGGAGUCCAGGCGAUUUCCAAUGCCGACGGCACGACUAGAAGCUCCGGGCCAUCAUCUGAAGACGCCGGUGAAAGCAAAAUUCAAUCAUUCGACCAUACCAGCCUCGACAAGUGUGAAAGUAUUUGAAAGUUUGAAGCGAAAGAAAAUGACCAAGGAUAAAGUGAAAUUCAUUCCCGGCGUCGUUCCGAGGACGUGGAAGGAGAUGCCGCAAGACUACGACAUCCUAACGGUACCGGUGAAACCAUCUCCUUCUCUUAUCAUUUUAUUAAUUCAUUUCGCCAUGUGGUCCAUAGCUACUCUGGACAAUUCUCCCGUUGAUUCUUUAAGGCAUUUAUUCAUCGAUUACCUUAACGAAGAGGUGGCCCGCGUGAUGAGCGAGAGACAUGUAACGAAGGAAUUGUUAAAGUUUCUCGAGGAUUCUGUAGCGUCGGCCCCCUAUUCCGUUUGGUUGCCGGUGGACGGAGACGCCAGUGAAAAUUGGGUAUUUUAUCGUGGCGCACGUGAAAAACCUAAACACGUGGUGCAACCUCUUUUGCUUACUCACUAUCAAGGGUACGAAUGCAAUCGCGCCCACGUUGUUUUAAAUAUGUUUAACGGCUACAAGGGUAAAGUAUUUUAUCCUUAUAGCUACGCGUUCAGCCACGAUAACAGAGAUAAAACUAAUAAGGUAAUUCUCCUACAAUAUUUCAUCUUACCAGCGCUAACGUCGUUGACGAUGCGCCGAGAACUCGCAGAGUUUAUUGGCUUAAGUAUUAAUAUUGAAAAGGAUAGGGCCCUUAUGGUAAAUUACAUCUGCGAAUCCAUUAAAACAUUGGUGUAUAAAUCUGUGUUUUUUUAUUCGUCGGAAUUUAAUCAAUGCGUGAAUGUAAUUGCAAAUAUUGAAAGUCGGAAAAUGACGGAUAGAAAAAAAUCUAAAUUGGCGCAACUCAUGGAGUAUCCGAGCAUUUUGACCGAUCCAUGGGUUUACAUCUCCGGGGCCGGCCUAUCAAUUGGGGACUUUGAUGUUGCAGAAUUCUCUAGAGGACUUUUUUACUCCACGGAGUACGAGUCUGUCGCUCGGGAGACAUCGGAAUUAAUGACAUCUUUAUUUUUUUAUGUAUUGUAUGUUAUUAUUGAAAAACGGCGGGUGUGGGAUUGUCGCCUCGUUGUCGAAUCUAAAAACGAAUCUAUCCUAGCGGCCUUUUAUAACUUAAUAUCGGACCUCCUGCGACCAUUCAAUUGUAACGCUUCCGCCACAUGUUCAUCUGUAGUAAUACGUCAUAACAUGGCGUCGCAGGAGGACCUAAAUUACGGCCGCCUGGAUAAUUAUGAUGCUCUUAAAACUCCGAAGAACAUUAAGGCUUUGAAAACCUUUCUUGGUUUCUCCUGCGUGACCGAAUAUACCAAAGUAGUGACCAAAAUUUCUCAAAAGUCUAGUCGCCGCGUCUUCGUUAUGCACCUUUGCAAUUUCGAAGACGAGGCGACCGUCGAAGCAUUUGUGAAAAAAUAUUUCGAUGUGACCACUCUGUGGCCAUUCGUCCUCGGUCUCUUCAUUUAUUUCAGUACGAGGGAGGACGAGGUGCUGACCGAGGAAUUGCUCGACCUAUGGUCGAAGCAAUGUCCGACCCUCCUGGCCACGUCGAUGAACGUGGCCAAUACCAUGAUGCCCAGCAGGUUUUUCAAAAACGCUUCUAUCAUGGACACGGUUCGGACAACGAUUGGCUUCCAGCAACCUGUUGCUGAGUCGACGCCUACCGGCGACGAACAGCGAUUGGUAUUUGCCACGUUGUCUAGCCAGGAGGUGUUUGAAGGGAUCGAGGACGACUCGAUUAGUAGCCCGGACUCCGCGAAAAAAUCCGAAAGCGUCCAAUCUGGCAACAAAGACUCUUAUUCGGACGAUGACGAAUUGGAUAUUGCAACCGAGAUGGUAUUGAAGAACGCAGGAGUGCCAAAAUCCAAAAUUGAUUCGUCGGACAGCGAGGACGAAGAAAUCGUGCGGUACACCUCUUCUUUCAGGAAACGGAAGAAUUGUCUAGACUCCGAUUCUGACAGCGGACCGAUUCCAAAGAAACCUGUAUAUUAUUCUGAAAACGAAAUUAUUGAUAUCGACUCGGAUGAUGACCAGAACGGAUCUUCAUUGACAUCAUCUCCGGAUUCUCUAAUUAGGCCCAUUGUGAAACGUCGGAGACAAAUUUUAUCCGAGUCAACGGAUGACGAAAUGGUUGAAGCCCAAAAAAGUAUAAGUCCGUUCUGGUCGGACGAGCCGUCAACGCCAAUACCAGAAAGUCCCUGGCUGUCAGAUUCGGACUGCUCUUCUUUCACCGGACCGGUGGUAUCGUCUUCCGCGGUUAACGCGGAAUCAUUCACCCCCUCACCCAAGUCUCCGACCCUGCCGCCAUUAACGCCACUACCAGAGAGUCCGAAGCUCUGGGAGUGUUCGUCCUUCACCGGACCAGCGGCAUCUCCUUCCACGAGCAACUCGGAAGUAUUAUCAUUUUCGCCCGAACUUCCGAUCGUGCCGGAGGCAUCGCCCAGCGCUGAACCGCUCCUGCAAGAGCCCGAGUCCGAUCUGCCACACCCAUCUCCAUCACCAUCAAGCCCGCGGCUCGAGCUCUCAAUUUCUCCACAGUUCAGGACGUCGCCGUCGCAGCUCAUACUGCCGCCGUCACCAGAGACUCUGUAUCCAAGAUCGCCGGCGCCGGUGCCAGAGACUCUACUUUCACCGGUGCCGGUACCGCAGACUGUAGAUACAUUGCCGGUGCCAGUUCCAGAGACUCUGUUUCCAUCACUGCUGGUGCCACAGACUCUACACACAAGAUUACCGGUGCCGUUGACAGAGACUGUGCUUUCAUCACUACUGGUGUCACAGACUCUACAUACAGGAUCACCGGUGCCGGUGCCAGAGACUGUGCCUUCAUCAGUGCCGGUGCCAGAGACUGUGCCUUCAUCAGUGCCGGUGCCAGAGACUGUGCCUUCAUCAGUGCCGGUGCCAGAGACUGUGCCUUCAUCAGUGCCGGUACCAGAGACUGUGCCUUCAUCAGUGCCGGUGCCAGAGACUGUGCCUUCAUCAGUGCCGGUGCCAGAGACUGUGCCUUCAUCAGUGCCGGUGCCAGAGACUGUGCCUUCAUCAGUGCCGGUACCAGAGACUGUGCCUUCAUCAGUGCCGGUACCAGAGACUGUGCCUUCAUCGGUGCCGGUGCCAGAGACUGUCUUCCCAAGAGUGCCACUGUCGGCGCCAGAGGCUGUGCUCCCAUCACUGCCAAUGUUGAUGCCACACACUGUGUAUACAACAUUGCCAGUGCCGACAGCACAGACCCUCUUUCCGACAAUGUCACUGGCGGAGGCAGAAACUCUCUAUCCAACAGUGCCAGUGCCGACAGCACAGACCCUCUUUCCGACAGUGCCAGUGGCGCAGGCGCAGACCCUCUCUCCGACAGUGCCAGUGGCGCAGGCACAGGCUCUCUCUCCGACAGUGCCAGUGGCGCAGGCGCAGACCCUCUCUCCGACAGUGCCAGUGGCGCAGGCACAGACUCUCUCUCCGACAGUGCCAGUGCCGACAGCACAGACCCUCUUUCCGACAAUGUCACUGGCGGAGGCAGAGACUCUUUAUCCAACAGUGCCAGUGCCGACAGCACAGACCCUCUUUCCGACAGUGCCACUGGCGGAGGCAGAGACUCUUUUUCCAACAGUGCCAGUGCCGACAGCACAGACCCUCUUUCCGACAGUGCCAGUGGCGCAGGCAGAGACUCUCUCUCCAACAGUGCCAGUGCCGACACCACAGGAUGUCUUUCCGACAGUGCCAGUGGCGGAGGCACAGACCGUGCUCCCAACAUUACCAAUACCAGCGACGUGGGUGCAUGGUCAAGAUGCGCUAGUGGCACCGCAGUCUGUGCGAUUUAUACCCUCGUCAAUGUCGGCGCUGCGGCACUGCGAUGAAGUGCACGUCCCAUUUACGUGGCAUCAGGAACAAGUACCGGCGGCGGCGGCGGCGGCGGUACCCACCACUCAUUCUGAAUUAUCGAAUGACCAUCGGCAGACGAUGUCGGCAGAUAUUUAUUCAUCAUCGCUUCACUCUGGAUUUUGUCCACCAUCGCUGCAAUCGGCAUUUAGUCCACCGAUGGCUCAUCACCUUUCUAAGGCAGUUUUUGGAGAUGACUCCUCCUCGACAUGGUCUGAGGCGAGCGAAGACUCUAAUUCGUUAUUACGUCAAUUGCUGACAGCACCGCUUAAAAAGAAUACGUAUUUUUCACCGAUGCAGAGCGCAUUUCAAGCUCUGUCAAAAUUGUCGGAAGUGGAACCGUGCUCUACCCCGUCCUUUUCCUCGAAGGAGCAGCUGGAAAGGAAAUACGAGUCUGUUACCACUUUACAACAACUAGUGGCCAUCACAGUAAACGACGACGUUCCAGUCACUCCUUCGAGCGUUACGGGUGAAGAUAUGACAGACGAUGACGUGGCAAUGGUAGCCCACCUGAUUGAUUCGGUCUACAAAAAAGACUCUAAAAGCGACAAAGUAGAAAAUUUCUUUGAAACUGCUCUGCAUCAGGCCAUGUGUGAAUACAAUUGCCAACACGAAGGAGACGAAGAAGAAGAGGAGGAGGUCAAAAGACUGCUUGUGGACCUGGUGAAUAAGGUGGUGGUGAAAGUUGCGAGGGAGACUGAAGAGCUCGACGAGGAGGUCAUCCUCCCACCGAAAAGUCACAAGAUUCCAUCCUUGCAGGAGCAGCGGAACAAGACCAUGUCUCUUUAUGACGAAAUACAAGAAUAUAUAGACAGUUUAGAUUAUGAGGUGUAA